CUCUUAGAGACAGUGCGGCGGCCCCAGCGUCGCGUCUACGCGCGGGAUUACAGUAACCCGGUUGUCAGUGAUGAGUCAGAGUGCGUGGUGCUGAUGCUGCUGCCAUUUCAUCACCUUUGCGAGCGCAGCAUCCAUCCCUCCGCUCUCCGAGCGCCUGGGCCUACCCGACUUCGGGCUCCCAGGCCAGCGAUGCGCUCGCGGCAGAGCUAGAUCCGGCCGAGCCGCGCUCUCUGAGGCGUCGGCGGCGCGCCCCCUCCCGCCGUCCCUGGUCCGGGCCAAGGAGACCUGCCCAGCCGCGGCCAUGGAGGCCAUCUGGCUGUACCAGUUCCGGCUCAUUGUCAUCGGGGAUUCCACAGUGGGCAAGUCCUGCCUGAUCCGCCGCUUCACCGAGGGUCGCUUUGCCCAGGUUUCUGACCCCACCGUGGGGGUGGAUUUUUUCUCCCGCUUGGUGGAGAUCGAGCCAGGAAAACGCAUCAAGCUCCAGAUCUGGGAUACCGCGGGUCAAGAGAGGUUCAGAUCCAUCACUCGCGCCUACUACAGGAACUCAGUAGGUGGUCUUCUCUUAUUUGACAUUACCAACCGCAGGUCCUUCCAGAAUGUCCAUGAGUGGUUAGAAGAGACCAAAGUACACGUUCAGCCCUACCAAAUUGUAUUUGUUCUGGUGGGUCACAAGUGUGACCUGGAUACACAGAGGCAAGUGACUCGCCACGAGGCCGAGAAACUGGCUGCUGCAUACGGCAUGAAGUACAUUGAAACGUCAGCCCGAGAUGCCAUUAAUGUGGAGAAAGCCUUCACAGACCUGACAAGAGACAUAUAUGAGCUGGUUAAAAGGGGGGAGAUUACAAUUCAGGAGGGCUGGGAAGGGGUGAAGAGUGGAUUUGUACCAAAUGUGGUUCACUCUUCUGAGGAGGUUGUCAAAUCAGAGAGGAGAUGUUUGUGCUAGUCAGCUCUUUCAUUUCCAAAACAUGCUCUCCUACUUGAACUGAAAAGUAAGAGAAAUAAAUAGAGUCUUUGUGUAACUGAUGAGAACUCAACCUCCGUUUGGAUACCAAGUGAGCCUCCUUCUCAGGGGGACUCUGACAGACUCGUGUGCGGAUGGAUGGGGGUGCCUGAGUGCUGUGACCAAGAGACUGAAUUGUUGACAUGGGCCAGGCCAGGCACUGUUUUGUGACCCAGGCUGGGCAGUGGCUGCUCCAUGAGCCCUUUGUGAACCAAAUGUUAAGGGCCUGGGGUUUAGGAAGCUAAGUCCCAGGAAAACAUACCUACAGACAGGACAACUAUUCCUUGGCAUUUUAGCUCACUUACAGGCCAAGAACAUAAAGAAAUAUGUAAAGGGGAAAAGAGUAUCACACUGGGGACAUUCAGCAUAGCUAAACAAAGACUAUGAGGUCUACUUAUUCAGUGAGAAUACCCUGCACCAAAGGUUUUUGCUGGGUUUGGUCAAAAGGUACCAAUUAUCUUCUAACAACUUAUCUGUAAAAAGAGGAACACAGACCAAAAGGUCUGGUGUUCAAGUAAAAAUGAUGUGAAUAUGAAAAGAAAUGCUUUCUACUCACAGUUAUUAGCACAUUUGAGAAAAUGAACACCCUCGUGAUAGAAUUACCAGCUGUAUGAAACAAAUGGUCCCAUGCAAAUUACCCUAUAAGUAGGGAAGAGACACUAUAACCCACAUGCCAUACCCCCUUUUUUCCUCUGACCAUGCCUGGGGUUUCACUGCAUUGGCACCUGCAAUCUGGAAGUAAACAGUCUGCUUGCUUCUUCAGGCACCUGACAAUGACAACACAGGGACUGCCUCUGAAAAGAGCGCUGAGGCACUCUCUCCUGCUGAACAGGAGGCACUGUAACCCUUACAACAGCUUACAGUUACUUGAGCUACUUAUUUGAUCAUCAUAACAGGCAGAUGAGGUUUUUGCCCCAUUUUACAGAAUAGUAAACUAAGAGCCAUGAGAAUCACUUGGCCAAGGUCAAGGACUUGUGACUCCUAGCUCUUUUCACUGCAUCAUACUGCUGUCAGAUAAAUACAUGAUUAUUAAUUUGUUUACUUGGAAAGAGGUAUGACUGUAAAUAAAUGUUCUCUACAUGUUAGGAUAUGUUUUCCUUAUUGAUUACAACUUAGCUAUAAUCCUGAGGGAACAUGGGAAGGAAUCAAAGGUAAAGCCCAUUCAGGUAUUAUUGACAAGAGGACUUUAAACAAGUGAAUAAUUGCACAACUAAAAACACAUUAGAACUCUGUGGUCUAUAAGUGUUCUUAUCACUGAGACACAGUGGAUUUUUAUUGAAAGGAACCACAUACAGCAAUGGGGAGGGGGAUAGGGAUAAAAUACUCAAACCACAAUGACCUUGGCCACCUGUCUGCCAUAUAGGUACACUGAGUUCCUGUCUACCCAAGAGAGUCAGCCUUUAAUUCUCAGGUGAACAAACAGCUAACUGCAUCAGCAAAUUGGAAUGGCUGGCUUGAAGUUUCCAUUAUUUUGUUGAAGAGAGGUGAUGCUUUAAAUUACUUUUUGGAUUGUAGCCAGUUCAGCUAGGCAAAAGCCAUACUUUUCACAAUUAAAAAGAAACUAUUCUGAUUUGAGUCAGUUUUCUCAUAUUCAUUGUGAUAGGAAGGCCUAAGAAUGGCAAAUCACUUUGGGAUAAAUAUUGAACUUUAGGAUAAAUGUGACUGAAUCUGAAAGUUUGGGAAUUUGCUUCAGCCAGAAUAAAGAAGCCAAAUAAUGAAAAUGAUGGAAGACUAUUCUGCCACCUGUGCCCCAAGUUGGAUGAGAAAACCACUUUGGAUCAAUUCCCAGCAUCAACUACCAGUGAACUGAUCAUCUUCUCUAUAUUUAUUUCACAAGAGCUGACUUAGGUGGGGUAAUUAAAUUGCCACCUUCAUGGUUUUAAAAGACAAACAAAACAUGGAAAAUUGGAUUAACACAAAAUUUCAUUAACUGCUAUACUUAAUUAUGUUCAGAAGAUUCUGAAAGGAAGAUUAUCCAGUGGGUAAAUGAGAGUUGAGUGGAUUCUGUCAGUUCAAAAAAGGAAACAAAACUUCUCUACAAUUUUCUUGACUAAAAUUGAUUAUAUGUAUACUAUUCCCACUCCUGGCAUUUUUUGGCAGGUUUAAAAAUAUUCAGCAUAAAUCCAGUAGAGGUGGCUGAGGUUAAUUGCUUAAAUAUGUUCUAGAAAAUUUAAAAAUCAUUUUAGUAGAAUUCAGUACCGUUGUUACUGCAAUAAGUGGGUUUUAGAAAAUAAGUGUGAAAAAUCAGGUGUUAAUAUACUAAGGAUAAAGCUUUAGAAGCUAUUUUACUACAUAGGUAAAGAAAAGAUAAACUAACUUGUAACAAAGACCACAACUGCAUGUUGGAUUAGAUUGUCUCAUAUUUCAGAAUAAAAUGUACUGUAUACUUUUCCUCACUUUGUUGUGCACUGUAAUGAAAUGUGAAAAAUGCUUUAUUUAGCUGUAUGUGAAUGAAAAUAUGCUUGUAUUUAGUAAAAUGAUUGAUUACGUGACUGUGA